GGCCCCUGUCCCCUGCCGCACCAGAUUCCUUCUGGACAAAUCCUCGGAACCACCUCCGCAGGCAGCACCCGCCUUUCUCGCCAGGAGGAGCAUCAGCGUGUGCGAAAGGGCGCGAAUCAUCUGCUUUCUUAUUAUUGCACGCGGGACCCACAAAUUCCGAUGCUUUUUUUUUUGGCGGGGAUGGGAAGGGGACGAGUGAAUAAUCAUUGCCUUUCUUGUUUUCUUCUUGUCUACAUACACUUGCAUAUACUCGAUCGAUUUGGCAGCUUCAAGCUCUCGUCUUUAUGUUUUUGGAUGAUGGGUGUGUAGGUGAGCAGAGGAGGAGGGGUUCUUGGCAGGGGCCCGCCGGCAGCCGGCCAUGGAGAAGAGGAAGCGGGUCCUGGAGCUGCGGGACCGGCUGGACCGGACGCUGGCGCUGCCGGACCUCGCGGAGGAGAGCUCGCUCAAGGCGCUGCUCAAGAAGCAGAUCCUCGCGUCGUCCCUCACCGGCUCCGACCAAGGCGGUGAUAUCGACCUUAUUGCUGAAACGCGGGCCAAGGAAGUCUCGGAGUUUCUUGAAAUGCUGAAUACAUCAAGAGACGGACGAGCUUCAAAGGUUCAUGGGACGCCACAGAAGGAGUGGAAGGUGAAGCAAGAUACAGACCAAUUAAGAGUCAUGUACCGUGAGGGACCAGAUGGGACCCCAUUUCACACCCUUCUUGCUGAAGGUUAUGCUGAUGGACCUAUUGACGUUUGUACAUGUGUGUCAUGGGAAUCGGCUCUAUACAAAAAAUGGUUUCCACAAUACAACCUGCCAACUUUUAGAAUUGAUCAAACUGGCUGCUUGAAAAAGGUUCGGAUUGGUGAAGAAAUUUGUUUGGUCAGGAUGAAGGUUCCAUGGCCAGUUUCUGAAAGAGAGGCUCUUCUACACUACUUUGAACUGGAAUAUCUUAAAGAAGAUGUUGUCAUUGUAAUCAUGAAAACUAUAUCAGAUUUGGAUACUAUAAAUAUACGGACACAUGGAUUUAGUAGGGAUGGAAUUCCUGAAGCUGGUGACACAGUUCGGAUAGAUGUAUUUGGAGGUUUUGUUUUGCAAAGGAUUACAAAAGACCGAAGCUUUUUCAGGGCAAUAGCUAAUAUGGACAUUAAGCUAGACUUCGUUCCACCAUGGUUGAUCAACUUCAUGUCAAGGCAGCUAAUUGGCAGUGGGCAUAAGCUCUAUCAGAAGGCAGUCAAUACUGUGGCCACUUGUGACGAGGACUACAAGAAAGCUUUGAGAGGACCACUCUAUGUUAGGAUCCGCGAAUACCAGGAUUCUGAUGACAAGGCAAAGGUGACCACAACAGAGGAAAAUGCUACCGAGGUGCCCCCUGAUAACCCCAUUGCACAGAAUCAUUUGGCAGUAACAAAUACCAUAUCAAAUAGUGAGAUUGUCGAGGAGGAGAGUGAACAGAACACAUCCUUCAAGGUGGAUAGACUUCCAUGUAGCCCUCCUUAUCAACCAGCUGAGGAAACACAACAGAUCAAAAAUAUACCUUUUAUCAGUCCUGAGGUAGAGCAUGCCUUGGGCAUAUUGGACAACGCUAUUGCAGUUCUCAGAGGCGAUAAGACCACAAACAUCACCACACUACAAAAUUUGUUCAGUUACAAUGCAACUUUGGAAGAGAGAACUGUCGGUUUGAGAAGUUCACAAGCUAACAUUCGUAAUGCAGACAGUCUUCUGAACGGAGGUCCUGCUACCACACAACCACAGAAUUCCAGAGAGAUCCAGCAAGCUUAUUCAUUGCCCAGUGACAAAGUUAGCAAUAGGGCAGAAGAUGCCGUCGACAAAGAUUCUCUGAAGAAUUCAACAGCUUCUACGGUAACAAAGACAAUGUCAAUGACAUUGAGAAGCGCAAUAAGGGUGCACGGUGAAGAGAGCCUAGACACAAAUGGCUUCCAUCAGAACGGUUUCAGCAACAACACAGAGUCAAAGCGAGUGAGGAAGACCAAGAGGUGGCCCUGCUGUUUAACCCCUACCACCAUAGGAUGAUGAAAACCCAUCUUUCAAGCUAAAUUCUUGAUUUUUGGGUGUACAACAGAAAGUAGUAAAUUAUAGAAAUAUGGUUCAUCGAUUACACGAUCUGGUUGUCAUGUGGCGACCCAGGAGGCAGCUUCUGGCUGUCAUAGCGAGUAGAUAAUAUCUUUGAUAAAAUGUAAAAUAACAUUGUUGUAACAAUAUGUUGUUUUAACGAGGGCUCUAUUUUGGGGUUAUAGACAUUAUUUAAACACAGGAUAGCAGCAGAUAACUGUUAA